CUGGGCCAGCUUUGUGGCAGCCACGCAUCAACGGUGACCAGAAUGAGCUCCACAAAAAUCGCAGUUUUGAUCAUUUUGAUUCUCUUCUCGCUGCGCGGGGACCUCCUGACGAAUGUCAAUGGCCUCACCGUGCACGAUCGUAUUCUCAUUAACGCCAACAUGUUCAGCCGACCCGCGCGCAGACUCUGGGCUCAUAAGGUCUAUCCCAGACGUUUCUUCACGAACUCGUGGUGGGGCAAAUGUCAUUUCAAGGAUACGCUGUCCUUCUCCGAAAUUCUGACACAGCUAGGCAACCUGCCGAAGUUCGACGCCCUGGACGUCUCAGUUUGCGGAAGAUUGUCUUCGGUACCUCGCAUCAUCAAUGGAACCGAAGCUGAACGUCAGAUCUUCAAAUACAAUGCCGCCUUGGUGGACAUGUCUAGGAGCGGAAACAAGGUCUUUUGCGGGUCGAGUAUUUUAUCAUCGAGAUUCGUGCUCACCGCAGCCCACUGUAUCGAACCCUACGCGAAAAGUAUCCACAAGCUCCGGGUCUCGAUCGGUGAGUACGAUCUGGCGGUGCGAAGCGACAAGUGGAGGAAAAUCAUGAAGAUCGCGGACUGCCAGAUGCACAAGGAAUACACGGGCAAAAGCCCAUUCCGCAACGAUAUCGCGCUCAUCAAAACCUCGGACGAAAUUGUUUUCAAUGAAUUCAUCGGCCCGAUAUGUUUGCCUCCCGUCGCGCAGCGGCCCGAUUUUUUCGAAGAACAAGCGAUCGUCUCCGGCUGGGGACUCACCAACGGGAGUUUGUGA